AUGGUCAGGAGCAAGGGCAAAACGCCCCAGCGGCCGGAGGGACCCGGGAGGCCGACCUCCCGGGAGCAGGAAUCCGGGUCGGCCAGCGCCGACAGCGCACCCAGCCGGGAGCCCCGACAGGGCCGCGGUAAAGCCCACGGGGCGAGACCACUCUUGGAGCCCUGCACCGCGGGGGGCCAGGAGACCCCCGGUGGCCGCAGGAAGCCCACCGUAGAGGAGAACGGCGACUGCAGACGGCCAGAGGCUGGGCCGCCACCGGAGGCUGCGGGGAGACGAGGCAGCGCUUGGCGUCGGGGAUGAGGGCCUAAGGAGAACCACAAGCCUGGGGACGGCCGUGGGAGACGCCUGGAGGAGAAGAGUCUCCUCGGAGGAGGAAGGACACGCGGGCGCGACCGCCGCAGAAGAGGAAAAGGGCGGGGACGCUCGGUUCAGCGGGGCCGCCAAGAGACCCGCAGCCUCAAUGGGGACACGUCGGAUGGAGACGCGGCCAGCUUCUGCCCGGACAGCGAAGCUCGCGAGGCCCUGGAGAGCGGCAGCCAGAGCGGUGGGGCCCCAGAGCGGCGGCCCAACUCGGAGCAAACGGACAUGGGCUCGGGAAGCACACAAACCGGUCCGGAGUCAGCGCUGGAGGCGCCGAGAGAACGCCCGGGCAGCGACGGCCUGGGCAGCGACGGCAGAGGCGGUGACAAGCCCCCCGCCGGGCCCCGGAGCCCGGAAGGAUCGUCGGGGGCGAGGCCCCAGGGAGAGACCGAGGAUUCUGAGACGGACACAGACUUGAGCCUUGAGGGAGCCGGGCCUGGACGGAGCCUACGGGCAGCCCCAGGAACGACAAGCGGGUCCACUGAGGCCGAAGAGGCUGACCCGGCCAGUAAAGCCGCGGCCUCCAGUCCCCUCGAGGGCAGCCGCGCGUGCGUUCCCCGGAGCUCGCGGGCUUCUCGAGACCUCAGGCCGGCCCAGGACGCGAGAAACAGUGGGGUGCAGCCCAAGGCUGAGCCGAGGGGCCCCGAGGCCGUUAGAGCCGAGGCCUCGACCGCCCGGGGUCAGCGUACACAGGUCGGAGAGGGGGUGGGGAAGGUGCAAGAGGAGGAGGGCGUGAGCGAAGCGGGGGCUGGAGAAGGGUCCAGGGACCCAGCGCCGCUGGUCGCCCUGGUGGCGCUCGGCAGGCUUCGCGCGAGGCCCCCGCCAGGGCCCGCUCCCCAGGCCGCGGGUCCCUGCCGCUCGGGCCUCAAGGACCGGCUCCUGCGGGUGGCACGGGGCCUGGGCCUCCUGCGGUGGCUGCGGCUCCGGCCGCGGGCGGGCGAGGCGCGGGCGGCGGGCGAGGCGCGGGGCCGCGGGUCGGGGCUGAGCCGCGGUCUAGUGCUGAGCCUGGCGGGCGUAGAGGGGCUGGGCGGGCGACCGAGGGCUCCCCCUGGUGGCGGCUCGAGUUUCCCGCAGGUUGCGGAAAGGCCAGCCCCCGACGACCCUUCUGAGGACGCGGACCCGACUCCUGAUCCCAAGUUUGCGGUCAUGUUCCCCAGGAUCCACAGGGCAGGGAGGACCUCGAGCAGCCAGAGCUCAGAGGAAGCGUCCGCGGACGCCCCCGCUGGGGAGGGGCACUUUUCGUCUUGUGCGGGGGCUUCAGGGGACAGUGAGGGGCGCAGGGCGAGUGGAGAAGGGGUGGCCGGGCGCCGCCACGGCUCUCUCGGCCCGACUCCCUCCGACGAGCCCCCACUCGAGAGAGGCUCCAGCAGCGAAGCAGAGCCGGAGACCUUGGGAGCCGAGGCUCCGGUGCACUGGGCGCAGGGCGAGGACCCCCGCGAGGACCCUGGGUUUGGCACCGAAGCACUGCUGCCCCGACUCAUCUUGGAGACCCGCCUGCGGCGGGAGAGGAGCCCGAGCCCCUGCAGGUUCCUGAGGGAUCGAUGGGAGCCGGAAGAUGAGACCGAGGAGGCGCUGGAGAAGGACCUGGAGCUGAGCCUCGGGCCGGGCCUGGAGGCGCCGCCCUUUCCCGGCGCCGAGGACAGGAGCCUCGGGGAAGGCCUGGAAGACACCGAGGACCUGGCCCGGCUGCGGCCGGUGUGCGACAGCUCCGUGCUGCUGUGCCUCAAGAAGAGGUUUUACCUGGGCCGAAUCUAUACCUUUGGGGGGCCCCUCCUGCUCGCUCUGAACCCCCGCCGGCCCCUGCCUCUCUUCUCACCUGAGGUCCUGGCCAGCUACCACCCUAGGAAGACCCCUAACACCACCCCACACAUCUUUGCCAUCGUGGCAGCAGCCUAUAGCCUGUCUCAGAGCACCGGGCAGGGCACCUGCAUCCUCCUGGGGUGAACCCUGCCAGCCUCUCCCUCCUGCAGUGGGCACAGCGGCUCUGGGAAGACAGAAGCUUCCAGAAAGAUUGUGCAGUUCCUAAGCAGCCUGGAGCAGGGGCAGACAAGGGACAGAGGAUGUCGGCUGGACGACGUGCUGCCCAUGCUCAGCAGCUUUGGCCACGCCAAGACAGUCCUCAACUCCAACGCCAGCCGCUUUGGCCAGGUCUUAGGCCUCUGCCUGCAGCAAGGGGUCAUCCUGGGAGCCUCUGUGUCACAUUAUCUGCUUGAGACCUCGAGGGUGGUGUUUCAGGCCCAGGCUGAGCGGAGCUUCCAUGUUUUUUAUGAGCUGCUGGCGGGGCUGGACCCCAUGGAACGGGAACGGCUCUCCCUACAGGGGCCGGAGACCUACCACUACCUCAACCAGGGCGGGGCCUGCAGGCUCCGGGGCAAGGAGGACGCCCAGGACUUCACAGGACUGGUGAAGGCCCUGCAGGCGCUGGGCUUGUGCACCGAGGAGCUGACUGCCGUCUGGGCUGUGCUGGCUUCUGUCCUGCAGCUGGGCAACAUCUGCUUCUCCUCCUCAGAGAGGGAGUCACAGGAGGUGGCUGCCGUGUCCAGCUGGGCUGAGAUCCACACAGCAGCCCGGUUGCUGCGGGUGCCGCCCGAGCGCCUGGAGGGGGCUGUCACCAGGAGGGUCAUGGAGACGCCCUAUGGCCGGGUCUCGAGAUCCCUGCCCGUGGAAAGUGCCAUCAGCGCCAGGGACGCCCUGGCCAAGGCCCUGUACUCGCGGCUCUUCACCUGGCUUCUGAGGAGAACCAGUGCGCGGCUGGCACCCCCGGAGGGAGGCAGCGUGGUCACUGUCACUGUCGUCGACGUCUACGGCUUUGAGGCGCUGCAGGUCAACGGCCUGGAGCAGCUGUGCAACAACCUCGCCAGCGAGCGCCUGCAGCUCUUCUCCAGCCAGAUGCUUCUGGCCCAGGAGGAGGAGGAGUGUCGGAGGGAGUUGUUGCCCUGGGUGCCCAUCCCCCAGCCUCCGCAGGAGUCCUGCCUGGAUCUCCUGGUAGACCAGCCCCACAGCCUCCUGAGUAUCCUGGAUGCCCAGACAUGGCUGUCCCAGGCCACGGACCACACCUUCCUGCAGAAGUGCCACUACCACCACGGCGACCACCCGCGCUACACCAAGCCCCAGCUGCCCCUUCCCAUCUUCACCGUGCGGCAUUACGCUGGGACCGUCACCUACCAGGUUCACAAGUUUUUAAACAGAAACCAGGAUCAUCUUGACCCUGCUGUGGUAGAAAUGCUUGCCCAGAGCCAGCUCCAGCUGGUGGGUAGCCUGUUCCAGGAAGCAGAGCCCGAGUCUGGGGACGGACCAGGCAAACCCACGCUGACCUCUCGCUUCCGGCAUUCCCUGGGGGACCUCCUAGCCCGGCUGGACAGGAGCCAUAUCUAUUUCAUCCAGUGCCUCAACCCCAACCCGGGAAAGCUUCCGGGCCUCUUUGAUGUGGGUUACGUGGCAGAGCAACUGCGCCAGGCGGGCAUCCUGGAGGCCGUGUGUACCCGCAGCGCCAACUUCCCCGUUCGCGUGCCUUUCCAGACCUUCCUGGCCAGGUUCCGGGCCCUGGGGACAGAGGGACAGGAAGAGCUCUCUGACCGGGAAAGAUGUGGCACCAUCCUGAACCAGGUGUUUGGGGCUGAGUCGCCCCUCUGUCACCUGGGAGCCACCCAGGUGCUACUGCAGGAGCUGGGCUGGCAGCAGCUGGAGCGGCACCGGGCCCAGCAGCACGCCCAGGCCCUGCUCACCCUGCACCGAGGCCUCUGCGCCAGCCUCUCCUGUCAACGCCUUCGCCUCCUACCACGGAUUCGCGUGCGUGGGCUCCAGGCCAGGAAGUGGUACCUCCGGCGACGGGCAGCUCUGGGGCAGCUGAACACCGUCCUGCUGGCGGGCCGGCGCCUGCUCUGGAGACAGCGGAGAGGGCAGCAGCUUGGGCAUCGGUGCAGCUGGCACGGCGUCGGGGCCUCCAAGAAGGGGCCGAGCAUGGAGCUGGGGCACUUGGAGAUCCCGGCUGAGCUGGCUGUCAUGCUGAAGACAGCGGAAGGCCAUCGGCACACCCUGGCCGAGAGCAUCAUCGAGGCCAUGCCCCCGGAAGUUCCCGCACGGCCCAGCCUGACCCUCCCACCCGACAUCGACCAAUUCCCCUUCUCCAGCUUCAUCUCCAUCGGCUUUCAGGAGCCAUCCCUGCCCAGACCUGGGCAGCUGCUGACCAAACCCCUGACCCGGCUGGACAGUGAGAACCCUCAGCAUGCUCUGGAUAUCAACAAGGUGAUGCUGCGGUUCCUGGGGGAUGCGUCCCUGGAGCCCUGGCAGGAGCAGACCAUGGGCCAGUACCUGGUGCGGCAGGGGCAGCGCCGGCCGGGGCUGCGCAACGAGCUCUUCAGUCAGCUCGCAGCCCAGCUCUGGCGCCAGCCGGACGAGCAGCAGAGGCAGCGCGGCUGGGCCCUCCUGGCUGUUCUGCUCGGCGCCUUCCCCCCAGUGUCCGCCCUGCAGAAGCCGCUGCUCAAGUUCGUGUCCGACCAGGCCCCCGGGGGCACGGCAGCCCUAUGCCAGCACAGGCUGCUGGGAGCCCUGCGGCAGGCGCAGCGGGCCCCGGGGCGCGGGCGGGCCCACCCACCCACGCGGCUCGAGUGGACGGCCGGAUGGAGGCAGGGCCGCAUGGUGCUGGACGUCUUCACCUUCACCGAGGAGUGCUUCUCGGCCGAGGUGGAGUCCUGGACCACAGGGGAGCAAUUCGCCGGGCGGAUUCUGCAGAGCAGAGGCCUGGAUCCGCCCCCGCGUGGCUGGUCUGUGUCACUGCACUCUAAGGACUCCUGGCAGGACUUGGCUGGCUGCGACUUCGUGUUGGACCUGAUCGGCCAGACCGAGGAUCUGGGGGACCCGGCCGGUCCCCACAGCUACCCAAUCGCCCCCCGUGGCUUAGCCGAGGACAUCCCCCCGGCCCCUGGCAUCCAGGCCCCCUCACUGCCCCCAGGUCCCCCUCCAGGCCCAGCCCCAGCUCUGCCCAGCAGGGGUCACACAGGUGAGUCCCGGACCUCAGGGAGUCUGGAUGGCUUCCUGGACCACCUCUUCUCCCCGCGCCUCAGCGUGAGUGAUCUGGAGCAAGGCAGGGCUCUGAGUGGCCGCAUGAAAGGAGGGGGCGCCAUGGGGCCCAUGCAGCAAGGCAGCUAUCCCGUGGUGUACUCAGGGAUGAUGCAGAUGCCCGGAUACCAGCCAGCCAUGAUGCCUGCACCCGUGCCCAUGAUGCCAGCAAUGGGGGCGGUCCCCGCCAUGCCAGCCGUUGUGGUGCCGCCACAGCCGCAGCCGCAGCCGCAGCCGCAGCCCCUGCUUCCCAGCGUGGACGCGAGGCAGCUGGCAGUCCAGCAGCAGAACUUCAUCAACCAGCAGGCGCUGAUCCUGGCCCAGCAGAUGACCACCCAGGCCAUGACCUUGUCCCUUGAGCAGCAGGCAAAGCAGCGCCAGAGCCAGCCCCUGGAGCAUCAUGCCCAGGCCCAGGCCCCUGGGGCUGCCUCCCUGACUCCACCCCCAGCCGUCUCCCCCAAGCCCAAGAAGACACCCACCCCCCAGAAGGAGCCAGAGCGUGACCUGGAACUGGUAGGUGCCUGCCUGAGGGAGACCUCACAGGAGGCUGAAAACAGGCCCCGGCGGCCCAAGAGCUUCCAGCAGAAACGGGACUAUUUCCAGAAGUUGGGGCAGCAGCAGAUCAAGGUGGAGGCGAUGAGGCCUCCGGCCAAGGUGAAGAUCCCCCAGGGGGAGGAGCAGGAGGAGGAGCCGGAAGAAGAGGAACCGAGAGCAGUGCCGUCACCUCCUCCCCCCCCAGUAGAGAAAAAGCCACUGGCACGAGAUGGGGCCAAAGCUGCACAGGAGGCUGAGGCUGAGCCAGACACACAGGCGGGGCCUGGCGGUGGCCGCCGGCCGGCAGAGGGCAGAGCCGUGGUGCGUAGCUCGGACCCUAAGCCCCGGCGCGCAGAGCCCAGCAGGGAGAUCCGCAACAUCAUCCGCAUAUACCAGAGCCGCCCAGGCCCCGUGCCCAUGCCCGUGCAGCCGCCCAGGAAGCCCCCCCAGAUCUUCCUGAAGAAAAACAACCCUAAGGAUGAGGCUCUGGCUAAGCUGGGGAUCAGUGGUGCCUCCUCGCUGCCCUCGACGCUGUCCCCCAGCCCAGGGAAGGGCCCCCCACCAGCUGUGGCCCCUCGACCCGAGGGCCAGCCACGGCGUGUGCCCUCCAACUCCAUCAAGGAGAAGCAGGGGCCCCUUCAAGAGCUGUUUGGCCAGAACCCACCCACUGCCCAGAGUCCCCCGCCUCCGCCAGCACCUCCACUGCCUCCACCCUUGGACCCAGCGACCCCUCCAGCUGAGCCGCACAGCUUUGUGGAGACCAUGGGGGACCAGGGGAUCUCCACCCAGCUGCUCGUGCCCUCGGGCAGCGUCUGCUUCUCCUACGCCAGCGCCCCCUGGAGGUUGUUCCUGCGCAAGGAGGUGUUCUACCCCCGGGAGAACUUCAGCCACCCCUACUGCCUCAGGCUCCUCUGUGAGCAGAUCCUGAGGGACACCUUUGCAGAGUCCUGCAUCCGGAUCUCCCAGGACGAGAGGCACAGGAUGAAAGACCUGCUGCGAGACCUGGAGGUGGGCCUGGACUCCCUGGACACAGCUGAGGACAGUGUCAAGAAGCGCAUCGUGGUGGCCGCCAGGGACAACUGGGCCAAUUACUUCUCCCGCAUCUUCCCCGUCUCGGGCGAGGGUGGCAGCGACGUGCAGCUGCUGGCCGUGUCCCACCGGGGGCUGAGACUGCUCAAGGUGACCCAAGGCCCCAGCUUCCACCCCGACCAGCUGAAGACUCUCCGCUCGUACAGCUUUGCUGAGGUACUGGGCGUGGAGUGCCUGGCUGGCUCCACCCUGGAGCUGUCGCUGAAGAGUGAACGGCUGCUGCUGCACACAGUCCGGGCGGGAGCCGUCAAGGCCAUGGUUGAGCUGCUCCUGAGCGAGCUCAGGAAGGACUCCGGCUACGUCAUUGCCCUGCGAAGCUACCUCACUGACGACCACAGCCUCCUCAGCUUCCAACGGGGGGACCUCAUCAAGCUGUUGCCGGUGGCCGCUCUGGAGCCAGGCUGGCAGUUUGGCUCCACCGGGGGCCGAUCCGGACUCUUUCCUGCUGACAUAGUGCAGCCGGCUGCUGCUCCGGACUUUUCCUUCUCGAGGGAGCAGAGGAAUGGCCGGCACAAGAGUCAGCUGCGGCACGGAGAGUGGGAUAAGGCGUCGGAGUUCCCCACCCACCCCUGGAGCCAGGCACACAGUGACAACUUGGCCACCAGCCCGUCCCCGUCUGUGGCCUGCGUCACCCUGCCCACGGACUCCGACUACACCAUGCAGGAAUUUGCCCUGCGCUACUUCCGGAAGCCCCAGACUCUGCUGGGCCAGACAAGUGAAGAUGCCAAGAGGAAGGCCAUGGCCAGCCUGGUGCAGUACAGCAAGGCUCCCAUCCAGGCAUCACUCAUCAGCAUCAGUGACGAGGACGUGAACAGGCGGGCCGUGGGAAGCUUCCAGGCUCUGAUGCAGUUUAUGGGGGACCAGUCCAAGCCCCGGGGCAAGAACGACCUGGAUCUCCUCUACGGGCUGCUGAAGCUGUGCCAGGAGGAGAACCUCAGGGAUGAGAUUUACUGCCAGGCCAUCAAGCAGAUCACAGGACACCCCCGGCCGAGACUCUGCGCUCGAGGGUGGACUUUCCUCAGCCUCCUCACAGGCUACUUUCCCCCAUCAACCUCGCUGAUGCCCUACGUGACCAAGUUUCUGCAGCAUUCAGCCCUGAGCCAAGAGCUGGCCCGGCGCUGCCAGGGGCACCUCCAGCACACGGUCAAGUACGGGGGGCGCCGGCAGCUGCCCUCCCCAGGCGAAAUGCAGGCUUUCCUGAAAGGACAAGUAGUCCACCUGCUCCUAAUUCACCUGCCCGGGGGUGUGGAGUACAAGACCAACACCCACACUUUCACGGUGGCAGCAGAAGUACUGGAGGAGAUGUGUGGGCAGAUGGGCAUCACGGACCCCCAUGAAGUGCAGGAAUUUGCCCUCUUCCUCAUCAAAGGGGAAGGCCAGCUGGUGCGGCCCCUGUGGCCCCGGGAGUACCUCAACAGCGAGGUGGUGGGUCUGGACGUGAGCCUGCACAGCCGGCGGCUCGGCUGGGAGACCCCGCUGCACUUCGAUAAUCCCACCUACGUCAGCACCCACUACGGCCAGGUGCUGCGGGACUACCUGCAGGGGAAGCUGCUAGUCAGCGCCCAGGAAGAUGCCCGACUUGCCAGGCUGGCUGCCUUGCAGCACCUCAGCAGGAACCACGAGGAGCCCCCCUCAGAGCAAGACCUACUGGCUUACUUGCCAAAGCGGCUGCAAUGUCAGAUGAACGUGGCCGCUGUGAAGAGCCUGAUGGGCCAGGAGCUGCGGCAGUUGCAAGGAUGCAGCUCUCAGGAAGCGCAGAUCAGCUUCAUAGAGGCCGUGAGUGAGCUGCCCCUCUUUGGCUACACUGUCUACAUGGUGCUGAGAGUGAGCAAGCCGGCCCUGCCCAGCCCUGGCCUGCUGGGGCUGAACCGCCAGCACCUCAUCCUCAUGGACCCCAGCUCUCAGGACCUGUGCUGCUCCAUCGCCCUGAGGGACCUGCAGCGGCUCCGCGUGCUGAGCCCACUGGGGCCUGAGGACUCCCCUGGCCUGGAACUCAACUAUGGCUCGGCUGACAACCCCCAGACCAUCUGGUUUGAGCUGCCGCAGGCCCAGGAGCUGAAGCACACCAUCACCUUCCUGCUGGACCGCAACUCUCCUUCCACUUAGUGGCCGGGCUUCACCCAAGAGGAGUGGGGGAGGGGCAGAGACGAGGACAGGAAGCCUCUCUGGCCAAGUCUCACCCGGACAGUCUCCUUCGGGUGCUGUCAGGCCAGUCUGGCCUGGACUUCACCGCUUGGUUCUGGAACCUGCUGCAGCACAGCCCAGCUGGCCCACGGGGAGGGGCUGCUAUAGUGACUUCAACUGGGAAAGAGUCAUGAGACUCCCUCUGGGGUGGGCCUGGGCCUGAGCCUGGGGUGGGCGCUGCAGGAACUUGGCUUGGGCGUCCGAUGUUGCCCAGUCUGGGGGAGAUGCCCACCUGGGCCCUGGCCCGACACGAGCAUGAGCCCAGCCCUGGGAGCAGCAGCUGCUGAGGAAAUAAAACUCCUGAGAGAACAGGGCUGUGUGCGUGUGCACGAGAA